AUGGAACCACCGUCGUCGCCUUCCUCUACCAUCACGAUCCCACCUGACUGUCGCGAAGAUGCUCAAAGGUUGGCCAAGAUGAUUACAGAAGCUAUGACUUGCCACUUGGCGCUGUUACACUAUGACAGGGCUUCGAAAUCGAUGGUCGAAUGGUGUUGGCCUGCAGAUGGCGAGGGAAAGAAGAUUCCACCAUGCAACUUAGAGAAGUACCGGGAAACACAUGAUUUUAAAUAUCCGUGCUGUCUAUGCGCUGACAGCGGCGGCAUAGGGGCGUUUGUAGAGACGGCAGUAUAUUCUUGGUGGAAUGAGACUGCUGAAAAGAGUCGUCGCAUCGCAAGAUGCGCCUCUGAUACGUGCGGAUACCAAGUGAAAAUCGACACGUACUUCCCGAUAGCACCAUUUGCUGCCUUCCAGUACCCACGAAGAGUGAAAGGCCCCAAAAAUCAGAAACCCACACACAUUCGAUUCAGGUGGACCGUGCGGGAGCAAACAGAGUUAUUGAACAAGCUUUCAUCGUCUGUUGACAAUGAAAUUACUGCGGAGGAGUUUCAGAGCCUGUUUAAAAAGUGCAAAAAGUGCAUGCGAGUAGGAGCGCAUCAUAUCAAAAAGACUGCGAAAUUCAAAUUAUAUCCAAUAACCAUGGAAGACAGGGAUACUGAGGCUGCCACUCGGCUAGCAACUCCAAAGCGAUCAUUUUCAUUGAACGUCCUAGUAUUUCAAGCCUCAUCACUCCUACUGCUGCUGGGCGUUACUUCAAAGUACGACCGUACGCCUCUAGAACGGACUGAGACUCUCAACAGUGGCAAAUCAAGCUUAGCACCGACCUCACACCUUCAAACCGAACUCAAAGUUCUGUCAUUUCUGCUCAAAGACCGAGUCUACACUGGCAAUUUGUGGGAACUCGUUGGGGAGCGCACUAUAGAAGCAAAGCAAGAAUUAAUGCUACAACAGCACCAGAACCUCUGCGCAUUUGGAUUGAAGGGGAGAAAGCAUUCAGGCUAUCGAACAUUUGCAGCAGCACUGGAUGCCCCAAAGUUCAAUGAAGCCCGAUUUCAGCCCCCCUUCAACAAGCUCAGGACAUGCUUUGGCCCACGCACCUCAAACUUGUUCAACAUCUACGCGAGACAAAUCUAUGGUGCAACUUCUGAAUUCAGUACUGCGCACGGUGACAAACGAACAUCCGUCAUAAUGAAUUCCAUCGGUCCCUCGUUACCCAUAUUGAACACGUGGGUCGCCAUGGACGUCCAAGAAGCCUUUUACAGUGCAUUCCAUGCAGAACAAGCCUGUCAGGCAGAAUUACUGUCACAUUCUCUGCCUGGUCAUACAUGGCAGCGCAAUAUCGGGCUGGAGUUCAUUAUCCUGCAAGCAAAAAUGUGUCGUGCCCAGGCCGAGAUAAAUCUUUAUUCAAUAGCAAUCGCAAAGGACCGUGGAUCAAUCUUCUCAAACAACACUUGUGGGGGUGCAUCACCAUCUUCGAGUCGCUUUGUUCCGCCCCCUCUACCAGAUGAAAUGUGUUAUUAUGAUGAUGACAUUGACAGUGAACUAGGCGACUUUAAAGACUUCGAGUACUUCCUCUUCGACACGAUUAACGCUUCAGCUGACUCUACUGUGGGGAAUGUCGCGAAGAACGAUUGGGUGGAUGCUCUGGAACACGCUAUUAUGAUUCGGUUGGUGGCAUCACUGUCUGAAUCGAAGCCUCCUAUCAUCAAGGAAGUUGCCACGCCUCCUUUGCCUCCACCUCCGCCAGCUCCCCCCAAGAAAGCCGCUGCAGCACCCGUUCGCCGUCCUUCUACAUCAAUCAGUUCCUAUGCAGUAAAGCUUGAUAUUCUGACAUGUCACAGAAUCAUCAAAAAGCCCAUGAACAUGUCUACCAUGUGGAUGAAGAAGUUGAGGCCGCUCAUGAUCCGCCACUGUUUCUUGUUCAACCUUGCUGGGACACCCGUCAACCAAGCAGGGAUUGAAUUGCAGCGGUUGUUUGACAAUGCCCUGACCGUAGAAGACGAAACAGCACAAAAGAGCCUCAUGAUUGCUGCUUGGUUGGCAUUGCCAAUGGCCACCAUGAAGUCCAUCUUAGGCAAAGAAUGA